CCAAAUGUUUAUGUUCGAUGUUUUGUAGGAGUAAUGAAAAAUGUCGUGCGUUCAGCAAAUGGAUGAAUUGGUAAAAGAAUACCUCUUGUUCAGGGGUUUCACAUCAACUGUACGUGCUCUAGAUACAGAGGUGAAAUCUGAAAAAGAUAAGGCUUUUCGGCCAGAUAAAAUAGUCGAGCAAUUUGUUCACUAUAUUACCUUGUAUGACUUGCAUGGGCUUAAAGAUUAUUGGAAUCAUUUUGACCAGUCUGUGUUUGAACGACUGGACCAGAAUUUCAUGCCAGCCAUUAAGAAAAUGGAGAAUUCACUGUUGCGAAUGUAUCUAAUUAAUGCAUGUGUCAAUGGUAAACAAGAGAAAAUCCAUGAGUUUUUUGAAAAACUUGGUUAUGAAUUACAACAUCAACUUGAAUGGAAAGACUGGUUUGCCUUACCUUUCAUAAAAAAUCCAGAAGAAAAUCCCACAUACAUGGUUUAUUUUACUCGACAAUGGCAGGACACAAUGCUAAUUUCUUUGCAUAAUUUAUUAGCUAUUUCCUUCCAGUGCUUACCUCAGCCAAAACUGACUACAUACCAUGAAGAGGCAGCGCGCGUUACUCGCCUGCAAGCUGAAAAUGAUCAACUGAAGUCGAAGUUGGCCAGAUCAAAUGUUUGCGAUUCUCGUGAGUCCUGCAGUGCUAACAUACUUUCAUCAGAUACUUUGCCUCCUGGUCUUGAUCUGAUAGAUGAAUUUUAUCUCAUUCCUGUUGACACAUCGCCAGCUGACAGUCACAGUCGCUCCUUCAGGAGUUUUAUACGUGGUUUUGGGACGAACAGUACAGGACUCGGUGGUUCACUUAACACAUCUCCGCUUGCUGGUCGAAGGGCUUCUUCUUCCCCUAUGAAUCGACUCUGAUCGGAAACACGGCAGUCAAGUGACAACUUAAAACUAUAGCCUCGUCUUUUUUUUUGUACUGAAUUUGUCGAAAUUGAACGUGAUGAUCCUAGUUUGACCGGGAGUAAAAAAAUUUUACGUUAAAACUUUUUUACGUUAAAGGAAAAGAUUACCUAUGGGUCAACAGAUGUAUUCUAGAAAAUCAACAACGUCACAAAGGUACUAUACAGAUACAACUGUAUCUCGGUGUCCGUGAAGUCGAGAAAAAGUUUAGGGAUCAGAUGAAAACAUUUAUACAUUAGUUGAGGAGAUAUUAACCUAUUCAAUUAGGAUGUGUGUGAUGCUCCUUCGGAAAAACGAUUGUCUAAAGGAGUAUUGCGACGGAAUUCAAAGAUCUAUAUCAGGAUUUUCACCUACUAGAACUGAACACAGUCCUAAACGUGAGAUUCCAAUGUGGCCAUAUGUCUCCAAAAAACAAUUACAGAGUGAAACAGGAAGAAGAA